GUCUCUCUCUCUCUCUCUCCCUCCUUUUUGGUGGUCCUAUUUCAUAUUGUGCUUAUAGCAUAAGAAUACACCCCUUUGGCCAUUACAAGAAAAAGCUCCAAGUUGUAGCCAAAGAUCGAUUUGUCCUUUACACGAAGAUAUAUACAUUUCUUAUAUCUUCUGUUUAGGGCUACAAUUGUCUUUUGCCUAGAUUGUAUUGAUGAUAAUGACGAACACUGCUCCAUUAUUUGCAUGGCAUUGGCAAAAUCUUGGAACUCUCAAGUAUAUGCUACUCGGACCGUUGGUCGGAAAAGUUGUACAUUCAAGACUUCAAGGGCACGAUGAUCUGGCAAGCAAUUGGUGUUUUCAUAUUCUCUUGAUGAGCUUCCUUAGAUUUCAUCUAUUCAUGUGGUAUACCAACGUCUGUAACAUGCUUUUCCUCACCCGCAAUCGUCGGAUUUUUACACAAGGCGUUGACUUUGACCAAAUCGACAAAGAACGAAACUGGGACAAUUUUGUAAUUUUUCAAGCUCUAGUAGCUUCUGUAGCUAUGUACUUGUUACCUGAUGGAUUUGCAAACUUGCCACUGUGGGAAACCAAAGGGCUUGUUACUUUGUUGGUGGUACAUGUGAUUGUUUCAGAGCCAAUUUACUAUUGGGUACAUAGACUCUUGCAUGGAAAUUACCUUUUCUACCCUUUCCAUCAUUUCCACCAUUCUUCAACUGUGCCCCAACCAGUUACAGCCGGAAGCACCACAUUCUUGGAGGAGUUAUUAGUUGUCAUAGUGAUUGGCCUACCCAUUCUUGGUUGUUGUUUGUCUGGAUAUGGAUCUAAAACAGUAAUCUAUGGCUACGUCAUUGUUUUUGAUUUCUUACGCUGCUUCGGUUAUUCGAACGUCGAGAUCGUGCCUCAUUGGAUUUUCGAAUCCUUUCCUCUGUUCAGAUAUCUUCUCUACACACCAACAUACUAUAGCCUACACCACAGUGAGAUGAAGAGCAACUAUUGCCUAUUUAUGCCCCUCUACGAUGCCAUGUGGAACACUCUGAACCCAAACUCUUGGGACCUACACAAGAAAAUAACCCAGGAGGCAGGCAAGUCUACGACAGUGCCCGAUUUUGUGUUCUUGGCACACGUUGUGGAUAUUACAUCUGCACUGCACGUCCCCUUUGUCUUCAGAUCAUUUUCGUCAAUGCCCUACAGUGUUCGGCUUUUCUUGGUUCCAUAUUGGCCAUUUACGUUUGUUGUGAUGUUGGUGAUGUGGGCUAGGGCUAAGACAUUCCUCUUGUCAUUCUACAAAUUAAGAGGCAGAUUGCACCAAACUUGGGUUGUUCCUCGUUUUGGCUUUCAGUAUUUCUUGCCAUUUGCAUGUAACGGCAUCAACAAACAUAUUGAGGAUGCCAUUCUGAGGGCCGAUAAAUUGGGUGUGAAGGUCAUUAGCCUUGCUGCUUUAAACAAGAACGAAGCACUUAACGGAGGUGGAACAUUAUUUGUGAAAAAACACCCAAAUUUGAAAGUAAGAGUAGUCCAUGGGAAUACCUUGACGGCCGCCGUCAUCCUCAACGAGAUUCAUGACAAUGUGAAAGAGGUGUUCCUCACUGGAGCCACUUCAAAGCUCGGACGAGCCAUUGCCCUCUACCUUUGUCGCAGAGGAGUUCGUGUUCUUAUGCUAACUCUAUCAACAGAAAGAUUUCAAAAUAUCCAAGAAGAAGCACCAGCAGAUUGCCAGAAGAACUUGGUCCAAGUCACUAAAUACCAAGCAGCAAGAAAUUGCAAGACAUGGGUGGUCGGGAAAUGGAUAACUCCUGGACAACAAAGAUGGGCGCCAUCGGGAACUCAUUUUCAUCAGUUCGUGGUGCCACCAAUCUUCGCGUUCAGAAGAGACUGCACUUACGGUGACCUUGCCGCCAUGAAAUUACCCGAUGACGUUGAAGGCCUUGGAUCUUGCGAGUAUACGAUGGGAAGAGGGAUAGUGCAUGCAUGCCAUGCAGGAGGGGUUGUACAUAGCUUGGAAGGAUGGAGUCACCAUGAAGUUGGUGCUCUUGAUGUGGACCGAAUCGACGUCGUUUGGAAAGCUGCUCUAAAACAUGGUCUUCAGCCCGUUUCUAGUCUUCCAAAAUGA